GACUCUAUGUAAUGUUUGAAUUCGGCGAAUUCCCAAUGGAAGUGAGACAAAGCCGACAGAAUACAAGAAUCAUGAGAAAAAGCAAAUCAACUUUCCUCCAAGAACACACUCACAAAACUUGCCCCAAUUUCAAUAAUUUCACCUCCCUUUUUUCCCUUCACUAUAUAUUUUUACUUUCAAGUUUCUACUCUGACACAGAAGAAAGAAACCCACAAAAUCCGCAGCCCCGUCGCUCUCCCCCUUUCACUUCCUCUAUUCAGAUCCCUUUCUUCCCUUGAAAUUUUCAUUGGUUCCCCUUGCAAAUUUCUGGGUCUUCCUUAUUUUCUUCUUUAAUUCUCUCUUUUUCUGUAAACUUCAAUCUUCUUCUUCUUUAGGGUUUUGCUUGCUCAGUCGGCUAUGGCGGAAGCUGCUGCUGUUCCCAUGACUCAUCGGAUUCACUCCAUGUCCGCCGUCGACGCCGUCGGUAAACAUAGGCUGCAGGCCGAGAUGAAGCGGCUCGAGCAAGAGGCUAGGUUUCUAGAGGAGGAACUGGAGCAGCUAGAAAAAAUGGGCAAGGCAUCAACAUCAUGUAAAGAGUUGUUGGGCAGUGUUGAAAUGAGAUCAGACCCUCUCCUUCCAGAAACUCUCGGCCCGGUAAAUCCAGCUUGGGAUCGAUGGUUCGAGGGGCCGAAAGAUUCGAAUCGAUGCCGAUGCCAAUGCAGAUGCUUGAUUUUGUAACCAUUCUGUUUGAUAAUAUUUUUCUGGUUUUCACCAGAGUGUGAUUGCUCAUUGCCUAUGAAAGCUCUAUUUGUGAGCGGCUUUGGUUCA